AGCCUAGCGCACUCUCCCUCCUUCUCCUCCAUUGUCAGCAAGCUGAACGAUGCGAUCGCUCGCAGCCGUCGUCGCCGCCCAAUAGAGACCCCAGCCCGAGAAAUAAGCGCAACUACCCCUCUAGAGAGACCGCGAGAGAACCAGAGACGGAGACAAGCCGUGUUUCAAGCCAAUAUCAGCUGUCGUCAAUCCGGUUUUUAAUGCUAUAGCUAGUCGCUGACAGACAGCGAGAGAGAGAGAGAGAGAGAGAGAGAGCGAGAGGGAGCGAGAAAGAGCGAGCGAGAGAGACAAGAGAGGGAUAGGGAAGAAAUAAGGGAAAAGGAUUGCUCGUUUUUCGCAUCUCGUCUGUUUUGGAGAGAAAGAAGAGACGAGGCUCACCUAAUCAUGGGAUGUACAUUGAGCGCCGAGGAGAGAGCGGCUUUGGACAGGAGCAAAGCGAUUGAGAAAAACCUCAAGGAAGAUGGAAUCACUGCCGCUAAAGACGUGAAACUACUCCUGCUAGGGGCAGGAGAAUCAGGCAAGAGCACCAUCGUGAAACAGAUGAAGAUUAUCCACGAGGAUGGCUUCUCUGGGGACGAUGUGAAGCAGUACAAGCCCGUGGUCUACAGCAACACCAUCCAGUCCCUGGCAGCCAUCGUCCGUGCCAUGGACACACUGGGGCUGGAGUACGGGGACAAGGAGAGGAAAGCGGACGCUAAGAUGGUGUGCGACGUGGUGAGCCGCAUGGAGGACACGGAGCCGUACUCGCCAGAGCUCCUCGGCGCCAUGAUCCGCCUCUGGUCCGACUCCGGCAUCCAGGAGUGCUUCAGCCGCGCCCGCGAAUACCAGCUCAACGACUCCGCCCAGUACUACCUUGACAGCCUAGACCGGAUCGGAGCCGCAGACUACCAGCCCACAGAGCAGGACAUCCUCAGAACCCGGGUCAAGACCACUGGGAUCGUAGAAACUCAUUUCACCUUCAAGAACCUGCACUUCAGGCUGUUUGAUGUAGGAGGUCAAAGGUCAGAGAGGAAGAAGUGGAUCCACUGCUUUGAGGAUGUGACGGCCAUCAUUUUCUGCGUGGCCUUGAGCGGUUACGACCAGGUGCUUCACGAAGACGAGACCACGAAUCGCAUGCACGAGUCUCUCAUGUUGUUCGAUUCCAUCUGUAACAACAAAUUCUUCAUUGAUACUUCCAUCAUUCUCUUCCUCAACAAGAAAGACCUGUUCGCUGAAAAGAUCAAGAAGUCUCCCUUGAGCAUCUGUUUCCCUGAGUACACAGGUCCCAACACCUACGAGGACGCGGCCGCAUACAUCCAAGCACAGUUCGAGAGCAAGAACCGCUCGCCCAACAAAGAGAUCUACUGUCACAUGACCUGCGCCACGGACACGGGCAACAUCCAGGUGGUGUUCGACGCCGUCACCGACAUCAUCAUCGCUAACAACCUGCGGGGCUGCGGCUUGUACUGAGCUCGCCUGCCUCUCGCGACACGUUUGGUAAUUACUAUUGAAAAUGCAAGUUGGUAAAUAAUAAUGAUAAUUUUAAAAAAGGCAUACAUAUAUAUAAAUAUAUAUAUAUAUAAAAAUCUUUUUAGUUUGUCUCAAAGAGCUGCCAACAGAACUUUCUUAUAGAAACCCAGCCCUUACGGUUAUAGACACAUUUAGCUAUUUUUGUUUUGUUUAUUUUUUUAUUUUUUUUUGUUGUUUCGUUUUUUUCACACGCCCCCCACUCGCUGUGUCUUCUUGUUUUAACAAAACAGCCCUUUUUUGUUUUACAAAAAGAAAAUGUGUCUUUAUUUUAUUGUUUUGUUUUUUUUAAUGUUUACUUGUUAAUUGUAUGUAUAUUUAUUGUAUGAAUAUCAACAAGGGUGUUAACCUGGACAUGUUUGCCUGAGAAUAAUAAUGAUGUAAUGACAAUAACAAUAAUAACAAUUGUAAUGGCUUUGACAGUGAUGUUAGUCGUAAACACUACGGUGGCAAUUUCAGUUCUCGGACUGGGUUUUAACGCUAUUCCUGUUAUUUUGGUUUAUUGAGACUGGGUUUUCAGGGUAAUCCUGUUCGUUCUGUUCAGCUGUUUGAUAUUUUUGAAAAAAAGACAACAAAAAAAACUGUUGUUUUUUUUUAAGGACACACACAGGAUUGCACCAUAUCAGCUUGUUCUGUUCUCACUUGUGGAUCAAAAACCUUCCCAGGGUUCCGCCCUGUCACUGGAGGAGGCCUUGCCAUUGGCCCCCGUGCAUUCAGGGGCCACAGCUCUCUAUACCAACACGAGGCCUCUCUCAGCCAAUGAAAUUUCAGAAAAGUUUCAUAUCAGUGCCAACCUUCUGAAAAUGGCGGGUUUGGAAGAUAGUACUAGAAACAACAUUAGGUUGCUGUAACAAGAACCUAUGAAUAUUAUCAUGUAAGAAACUUCUACUUUUUUAUUAUCAUCGGUUAAUUUAUUAAUUAAGUUAUUCCUCCUCAGGCCCGCCCUCACCUUCACACUCACCUCACGCCCCACACUUCCUACCUCCCAUCAUCCUUCCCUUUUUGUUAACUUCCUGUCCUGGCUGGGUUAUGACGUCUCCUGUCGCUGAUCCUGCCACAGAAAGCAUGACCCUUCAGCCUUUGUAUAAAGCAACAAAUAAAAUCAAAUAGACAUUGAGAAAAAAACAAAAUCCACAAAAAAAAGAGAAAAGAAGAAAAAAGGCACAAAAAAAUAAAAUAAAAAACAUAAUGAAACAAAAAAGAAAAACAUCACGUGGGUAUGGGGGAGGGAGGGGGAACCGAUUGAUUGACAGCCAUCCUGACCAGUAAUGUGAUGUUUCGAGAACAACGGUCGCUGGGAUGUGUGAUUCAGUAGAACGCUAUAGAACCGGUUCUAGAAUCUUUACAAGUAGAAAUAAAGAAGAAACAAAAAAGAUCAACAACAAUAAUUAUAAUAACAAUGACGAUGAUGAUGAUUAUGAUGAUGACGAUGAUAAUAUUAUUAAAGUAUAUUUCUUGUGCUUUGUAGCUAAAGAACAUUUUUUCUCUCCCCCUUUUUUAAAAGUUUUGCAGGGGUUUCUCCGAGUCACUCUCGACCGUUCUUACUGACUUAACCCAUGUGGAUGUUUUUUGAACUGUACCCAUUAUUUUGCCUGUUCGCCCUGCAUUGCAGUGUCUUUAUUUAGCCUGGAAUAUUUUUUGGGGAAAAAAAUAAUAUCACAAACACUUUGGGCACGUUCCUGUCCUCAUCCUGGCAGACGUGUGACACAGCUGUACAGAUUCAUGCGCUUUCUCUUAGUUUUGGAAAUUGUACUCAAACACCUUCCAGGUCUGCAUAGAAAAGCACAGCUCUCACUCACCCGUAGAUUUGGAAAGAUGUCUCUCUCCUCCCUCUUAGCCUUUUUGCUCUUAAAAAAAUAAAGAAUACUGUGUAUUAUGACAUAUACCAGUUAGGCUUUCUUUUUGCCCUCCCUCUUCCUCCUCUGUUUUCUUUUUCUUUUUUUCCAGUGAAUGCAUUUUUUGUGAUGCUUUCCCUCCUCUUUAGUGAAUGGUUGUUCUUUCAUGUGGGAUGUUUGUGCUGAAAACCAAUUCGAAUGUAGUGUUUACAUUAAAAGCCACAGUUUUCAUGACUACUA